GGUUAAGCCUCAGUCAGUGACAUCGCCAAGGCUGAGGUGAUGUCAUCAGUCUACUGCAGGCAGGAGGAAGCAUUUCCUCAGUCUCCCCUCGUUGAUCAGGCUACAACAUUUUAAUAAGGUGGAGAACCGGCAUAGAGGCACCAUGAUUGCGAUUUUGUGGUUGAUCUGUGGAGGAUUCCCGAUCGUAUCUUCAUCAGAUGACAUCAUAGAAAUGGCGGUUGGACACAACAUCUCUCUGAUACCAAAGUACAUCGGAGAUUCCUCCGGGGUCAGCUGGUGGUUCAAAGGAAGAAUCCUCGCCGACAUCAGAUUGGGGGAUUCCAAUCCAGUUUAUUUUUACCCCAAAUUCGACCUUUUUAAGGAUCGCACCACUAUAAAUGGUUCUACGGGACACAUGACCAUAAGAAACCUGACCGAGGAGGACUCGGGGCAUUACAGGGCGGAGGGGGAUAAUACCCGUCAGGUCACACGGAUCCGGAUCAUUGUGUUCGAUCACCCGGUUCGGGUCGUGAAACAAUCCUCAGGCUGCAGCGUCAUUCUCACCCCGAAGUACUCGGGAACCCCCUCAGAGGUCAGCUGGUGGAGGGGCCCUCAUAUACUUGCCCGGGCACAACUCCACCCAUCGUCAGAGGUCGCCUAUUAUGGUCUCGGGGGGAGAGCGCACAUAGAUCCAUCUACAGGAAACCUGACCAUAAGAUGUCUGAUUAUGGCGGACGCGGCGGAAUACCGGGCAGAGGUGCUGGUGAACAACACCAUUCAGUACACGGCUGUGAAGCUCACUGUGAUUGCUCAGGAAGUGAGAGGAAGGAGAGGAACGAUAGGACUGAGUGGGUGUGCGAUCGCAGUCAUGGUGGUUGCAGCGUCGGUGAUUCUCGUCGCCAUUCUUGGCGUCUUGUCUUGCAAAUGUGGCGCUAUGGUGACCAGGUUCCGAGAUCCUCCCGUCGUACUCGUGUCUAUGAGGUGUAUUACCAAGAUGGCUCUUGGAACAAGAAUGGAAAAAACUGAGACCUGGUAUUGUGAUUGCAGGUUAUGUCAGUCCAGUUUCCCGAUGGAAAGGUUCCAGGAGAAGACUCAUUGUAUGGAGGUCACAAACUACCCUGCCACCAUCCCCCAUGUCUCAGUGAAUGAUAAUAAUGGGCAUUUCUCCAGAGUGAAGGACUAGUGUAGCAAGGCAGUGCCUAUGGGCAAGGAAUAGGUGAACUGACCAUGUGUAAUGCAAGUCUCUCAGAGAUCACUUUAUUAGGGACCCCUCCAUGUCUACAGCAGCCUUUCUCAACCAUCGUUCCUCCAGAGGUUCCCGGGGGUUCCUUGGGCAGUGAGCAGUGGUGGAAUGAUUUCCUGUCUGGCCAUGGAUGUAAAAGGGCCCUAUGCUGACCACGAGCAUAAGGUGGUCCUUCUCUCACUGACCAUGUGUGAUGCAAGUCUCUCAGAGUUCACUUUCUUGGGUAUCCCCUAUGUCUAAUAACGGAAGAAUGAAUCAUGGGACUUCAUAUCAUUACAUAAAGCUUUAAGAAAUGACCAGAAACAUGGUUGAGUAGCUGUUUGACCAAGCCUGACCUAAUGAUAUCUAAGAAACUUUGACUGCGACAUGAUUGUUAGUGCAAGACGUGAUGCUGGAAGCAUCUCGGAAACGGUUGACCUCCUUUGAUUCCAGAGUCUAUCUAGAGCAGCCUUUAUCAACCAUGCUUCUUCCAGAGGUUGCCAGAGGUUCCUUGGGCAGUGAAGAGUGGUGGAAUGAUUUCCUGUCUCACCAGGAAUGUAGAAGGUCACUAUGCUGACCACGAGCAUAAGCUGGUCCUUCUCUCAUUGACAACAUAAGGUGGUUUUUCUCUCAUUGACCAUGUGUAGUGCAAGUCUCUCAGAGAUCACUUUAUUAGGGACCCCUGCAUGUCUAAAGCAGCCUUUCUCAACCAUGGUUCCUCCAGAGGGUCCCGGGGGUUCCUUGGGCAGUGAGCAGUGGUGGAAUGAUUUCCUGUCUGGCCGUGAAUGUAAAAGGGCCCUAUGCUGACCACGAGCAUAAGGUGGCCCUUCUCUCACUGACCAUGUGUGAUGCAAGUCUCUCAGAGAUCACUUUCUUGGGUAUCCCCUAUGUCUAAUAACGGAAGAAUGAACCACGGGGCUUCAUAUCAUUACAUAAAUCUUUAAGAAAUGAUCAGAAACGUGGUUGAGUAGCUGUUUGACCAAGCCUGACCUAAUGAUAUCUAAGAAACUUUGACUGCGACAUGAUUGUUAGUGCAAGACGUUAUGCUGGAAGCAUCUCGGAAACGGUUGACCUCCUUUGAUUCCAGAGUCUAUCUAGAGCAGCCUUUAUCAACCAUGGUUCUUCCAGAGGUUGCCAGAGGUUCCUUGGGCAGUGAAGAGUGGUGAAAUGAUUUCCUGUCUCACCAGGAAUGUAGAAGGUCACUAUGCUGACCACAAAUAUAAGCUGGUCAUUCUCUCAUUGACCACAUAAGGUGGUUCUUCUCUCAUUGACCACAUAAGGUGGUUUUUCUCUCAUUGACCAUGUGUAGUGCAAGUCUCUCAGAGAUCACUUUAUUAGGGACCCCUGCAUGUCUAAAGCAGCCUUUCUCAACCAUGGUUCCUCCAGAGGGUCCCGGGGGUUCCUUGGGCAGUGAGCAGUGGUGGAAUGAUUUCCUGUCUGGCCAUGAAUGUAAAAGGGCCCUAUGCUGACCACGAGCAUAAGGUGGUCCUUCUCUCAUUGACCAUGUGUAAUGCAAGUCUCUCAUAGUUCACUUUGUUGGGUACCCCCUAUGUCUAAUAACAGAAGAAUGAAUCAUGGGGCUUCAUAUCAUUACAUAAAGCUUUAAGAAAUGAUC